CAGCGCCUCUCGAAACCCCUCUCCCAAACUUUUACAGGGAUUUCGGAGCUGGAUUCUCUCACCUAUCUCAUCAGAAUCUCCAUGCGCCGCUGGUUCAGCGGCUUCGUUGAUUGAACCAAUUAAGGCCCCCUUUUCACUGUAAUUGCACAAAGACCUAGGGUUAGGGUUUCAAUUCAACCAUUUCACUGAUCUAUGGCAUAGAUUUUCGUUGCAUAUUGUUUCGAUUAGAGCAAGCUUGAUUUUAUUGACUGUGUUUGGUUUUGUUGUGUGGGAAUUGAAUGGCAUUGGGGGAUUUGAUGGCGUCAAGAUUUUCGGCGUCGUCGGCGGCAGUUUCAAAUCACUUGGAGGAGUAUAAUACGAAUCAUGAAGACGUGGAUUUGCAGAGAAAUAGGGAUAGGGAUUCGGAGACAGCAAGUAGCAGCUAUGGUGGCAAUGCCACCACCAUAACGGCCACAAGUAUGGCGUAUUUGCCGCAGAAUAUAGUGUUUUGUGAGCUUCGGCAUGAGGCGUUCGAGGCUUGCGAGCCGUCUGGUCCAUUGGAUAGUGGGUUGGUCUCCAAGUGGCGGCCCAAGGACCGAAUGAAGACAGGAUGUGUGGCUCUUGUUUUAUGUUUGAACAUUAGUGUUGAUCCACCUGAUGUAAUAAAGAUAUCUCCCUGUGCAAGAAUGGAAUGCUGGAUUGAUCCGUUCUCUAUGGCGCCUCAAAAGGCUCUUGAAACAAUUGGGAGAACCUUGAAUCAACAGUACGAGAGGUGGCAACCUAGGGCUCGCUACAAGAUUCAGUUAGAUCCUACCGUGGAGGAAGUGAAGAAGCUUUGUACUACAUGUCGCAAAUAUGCCAAGUCUGAGAGAGUUCUGUUUCACUACAAUGGACAUGGUGUGCCCAAGCCAACUGCUAAUGGUGAAAUUUGGCUAUUCAACAAGAGUUAUACCCAAUAUAUCCCUCUGCCUAUCAGCGACCUUGAUUCCUGGUUGAAGACACCAUCUAUAUAUGUGUUAGACUGCUCUGCUGCAGGGAUGAUUGUCAAUGCCUUCAUAGAGCUCCAGGACUGGACUGCUUCUAGUUCCUCGGGAUCUUCUGCGAGGGAUUGUAUACUGCUCGCAGCCUGUGAAGCGCAUGAGACUCUUCCUCAGAGUGCAGAAUUUCCUGCUGAUGUGUUCACGUCCUGUCUCACAACACCCAUUAAGAUGGCUUUGAGAUGGUUCUGCACUCGGUCAUUACUUCGUGAGUCGCUUGAUUAUUCCCUUAUAGAUAGAAUUCCUGGCCGCCAAACUGACCGAAAAACUCUUCUUGGAGAAUUGAACUGGAUUUUCACAGCUGUGACCGAUACAAUUGCCUGGAAUGUUCUCCCACAUGAUCUUUUUCAGAGAUUGUUCCGGCAAGAUUUGUUAGUUGCCAGUCUGUUCCGAAAUUUUUUACUAGCUGAGAGAAUUAUGCGUUCUGCAAAUUGUUCACCAAUUUCAUAUCCAAUGUUGCCGCCCACCCAUCAGCAUCAUAUGUGGGAUGCAUGGGACAUGGCUGCUGAAAUCUGCCUUUCUCAGCUUCCAACUUUGGUUGAUGAUCCCAAUGCAGAGUUCCAGCCAAGUCUUUUUUUUACGGAGCAGCUGACUGCUUUUGAGAUGUGGCUUGAUCAUGGAUCGGAGCAUAAAAAACCACCAGAGCAGUUGCCCAUUGUUCUUCAGGUUUUACUUAGUCAAUGCCAUCGUUUUCGUGCUCUGGUGCUUCUCGGAAGAUUUCUCGAUAUGGGGCAGUGGGCUGUAGAUCUGGCCUUGUCUGUAGGAAUAUUUCCUUAUGUUCUAAAGCUGUUGCAAACAAUUACUCCAGAGCUUCGGCAAAUUCUUGUUUUUAUAUGGACAAAAAUUCUUGCACUUGAUAAGUCAUGCCAGGUUGAUUUGGUAAAGGAUGGUGGGCACACAUAUUUUAUUAGGUUUCUCGAUAGCAUGGAAGCUUAUCCAGAACAGCGGGCAAUGGCUGCAUUUGUUUUGGCAGUCAUUGUAGAUGGGCACAGACGGGGUCAGGAAGCUUGUAUUGAAGCUGGUCUUAUACAUGUGUGUCUGAAGCACCUUCAGGGUUCAGCUUCAAAUGAAGCACAAGCUGAACCUUUAUUUCUUCAAUGGCUUUGUCUGUGCCUUGGAAAGUUGUGGGAGGAUUUUAUGGAAGCACAGAUCAUGGGUAUACAGGCUGAUGCCCCUGCUAUAUAUGCUCCUCUACUCUCUGAGCCCCAACCGGAGGUUAGAGCUUCGGCUGUUUUUGCACUGGGCACCCUGCUUGAUGUUGGAUUUGACUCGUCGAGGGAUGGUGUUGGAGGAGAUGAAGAGUCUGAUGAUGAUGAAAAAGUUAGGGCUGAAAUUAAUAUUGUUAAGAGCCUUUUAAAUGUUGUUUCUGAUGGAAGUCCGUUGGUCCGGGCUGAGGUUGCUGCAGCUCUAGCACGCUUCUCCUUUGGUCACAAGAAGCACCUGAAGUCAAUCGCCGCAGCAUGCUGGAAGCCUCCACCUAACUCUGUGCUGACUUCCUUGCCUUCGUUCUCCAUCAAGGGAACUGGCAGUGGUUAUGCUACACCAAAUCCAUACAUGGCACAAGGAAGUAUAGUUCCUUCACAAAUUGCUCCUCUGUUGAGAGUUGGAGGUGAUGCCCCAUCAGUGGUCCGUGAUGGGAGGGUCUCCACCAGCAGUCCUCUUACUACUGGAAUAAUGCAUGGAUCUCCACUGUCUGAUGAUUCAUCUCAACAUUCUGAUUCUGGCAUAUUGAAUGAUUGUGUUAGCAACGGGAUUGUUAACCAUUCGGGGCCAAGACCAUUAGACAAUGCAUUGUAUACACAGUGUGUAUCAGCUAUGUGUGCUCUAGCCAAGGAUCCAUCACCACGCAUCGCAAGCCUUGGGCGACGUGUACUAUCCAUUAUUGGGAUUGAACAAGUAGUGGCAAAAUCGGUUAAGUCUACUGGCUACAGUUUUAGGCCUAGUGAAUUCACAAGCACCCCAACUGGCCUGGCUCGAUCAUCUUCUUGGUUUGACAUGAAUGGAGGACAUUUGCCUCUGACAUUUAGGACUCCUCCAGUUAGUCCUCCUCGGCCAAGUUACAUAACAGGAAUGCGAAGAGUUUGUUCUUUGGAGUUCAGACCACCACACCUAAUAAACUCUCCAGACUCGGGUUUAGCUGAUCCUCUUUUAAAUUCUGGUGGAUCUUCUGGGGUUUCAGAGCGCAGUUUUCUUCCACAAUCAACAAUUUACAAUUGGAGUUGUGGUCACUUCUCAAAGCCACUUCUUACUCCAGAUGAUAGCGAAGAAAUAAUGGCUAGAAGAGAAGAGAGGGAAAAAUUGGCCCUGGACUACAUUUCAAAAUGCCAGCACUCAACCGUUAGCAAGCUACAUAAUCAAAUUGCAAGUUGGGAUACAAAAUUUGAGACAGGUACAAAAACGACGUUGCUGCAUCCCUUCUUCCCAGUCGUGAUUGCUGCAGAUGAGAGUGAACGGAUCAGGGUGUGGAAUUAUGAAGAAGCUAUCCUGCUCAAUAGUUUUGAAAACCAUAAUUAUCCGGACAGAGGAGUGUCAAAGCUUUGCCUCGUGAACGAGCUUGAUGACAGCUUGCUUCUUGUUGCUUCAAGUGAUGGUAAUGUCCGCAUAUGGAAAGAUUACACUAUAAAGGGUAAACAGAAGCUGGUCACUGCAUUUACGUCAAUCCAAGGUCAUAGACCUGGUGUGCGUAGUGUGAAUGCUGUUGUGGAUUGGCAGCAGCAGUCCAGUUAUCUGUUUACUUCAGGUGAAAUUUCCUCAGUUAUGGUUUGGGAUCUGGAUAAAGAGCAACUUGUUAAUACUGUCCCCACAUCGUCAGAUUGCAGCAUUUCAGCUUUGUCUGCUUCUCAAGUUCAUGGUGGUCAGUUUGCAGCAGGCUUUAUGGAUGGUUCUGUCAGGCUAUUUGACAUUCGAACGCCUGAUAUGCUUGUGUGUACAACACGACCGCACACCCAAAUCAUACAAAAAGUUGUUGGGAUUGGCUUUCAACCUGGACUUGAACCAGCAAAGAUUGUCAGUGCAUCUCAGGCUGGUGACAUUCAGUUCCUUGACAUCAGACAUCACAGGGAUGCCUACCUUACAAUUGAUGCUCACAGAGGCUCUCUUACAGCUUUAGCUGUUCACCGACAUGCACCCCUUGUUGCCAGUGGCUCAGCGAAACAGCUAAUCAAAGUCUUCAACCUUGAGGGCGAACAAUUAGGCACCAUUCGAUACUACCCAACCUUCAUGGCCCAAAAGAUAGGUUCUGUAAGCUGCCUUACCUUCCAUCCUUAUCAAGUACGGCUUGCUGCUGGUGCUGCAGAUGCUUGUGUCUCUAUCUAUGCUGAUGAGAUCUCUCCACCUAGAUGAUUGCACAUUGUUGUCUGUCUGAAAGCUUCUUGUCUGGAAGUAGGAGGAAUUCCUGAACUCGCAUUGCAUCUUCUCCAAAAUGAUACUGUGGAUGCAAAUCAAUCAAGUUUGAUAGACUCUGCAGUUCAAGUUCCUCUCUGCGACAGAAGUGUCCACAAUUACAGGUUGGGCAAACUAUAUGGAAGUUGUAUGGUAUAUAUUCGUUAAGCCUCCAGUGUAGAGGGUCACACAAGAUGGGAUGAAUUCCACACGUUCCUUGGAGGCUUUGGCAAAUAAUGUCUUUGCAUAGGUUAAAAAAAGGAAAUUGUGAUCGACAUUCUGGAAGAAAGUUGCUGGCACUCGACGUCAGAAUGGGGGCAAUGUGGGAGGAGUAAUACAAGGUUCAUAUACUGCAGCAUAUCAUAACACGCAUUAAACUCGGCCACACUGCCUGCCUGUGGAUUCAUGAGAAACAACAAUGUAGCUUUACGCUCGGGUAAAACGAGCAGAUUCAAACGUAAGCAGCAAAAAGCCAAGA